AUGGAAGCUGUGAGACCUGCUCUGCAGAAGACCAUAGAGGAGUGGAGAUGUUUCGAGCGAGAUCUAAGUGAGGUUUCACUGCACACCACCAGGGUGCGCUGUGCUCUGCAGCAUCAGCCCCUGUUCUCACUGAAGCAGGCCAAAGGAUAUUUGGACCUCCUCCAGCAGCUCCAGGAGAUGGCCGGAAAGGGAGAAGAGCUUUGGGCGUCAGUGGACAAGUCCUAUCAGAGUCUAGUGAAGAGUCUUCAUUGUGCAACAACACAAAUGCUGGAUGAUCAAAUGAGAGGAGAGCAGAAACGGUGGAAGGACGUGGUGCUGGAGCUAAAAGAUGAGCACAUGAAGACUGCAGAGACACUGCUCCGCUGGCAGGAGUACACUCGCCUCUCUGAUCAGUGCUCCCUUCAGCUGCAAACACUGAGGCGUCAGUGGGAAGAGCAGUCAAGAUGUUCACCUCAGCAGGACAAACAGGCCAUGCUUCACUCAGUGGAGAAGUUGCAGGACGCUGCCGAGGAUUUGCAAAGAAGUGUGGGAGAUGUGCUUGCAGCUUCCAAGCCUCUCAUUGGACAGCUAGAUCCACUGGUCUCAAAUUUAAUCCAAUCAGAGACCAGACUGCUGUCACGUGAUGUCCUGCUGCUGAGCCAGGCAAUUUCAGGAAAAAAGAGAGGUGUUCAG